AUGCCUCCGACAGAACGCACUUACAAACAUGUUGAUACUACACCAAAAAGUCCUUCCAUUGCAACCAUGGAACAAUUCCUCCGAGGAGGGGAAGCCCCUAGGAUGUCACCAACCUACUCUCACACGUCUGCUUCUUCCCCUUCCUCUCAUUACUUUGGGAUGAAGCACCAUGACCUUGAAGAAGACCAUGGCCUCUAUCAGAGAAAAUCAGUUCUCGCCAAAGUGAAGGAAAGGGCCAAGAAGUUAGUAUUACGCAACAGCCUUAGCAGAAAAAGACUAGACGAAGAAAACCUUACUCCGUCUUGGGGAGUUAGCCUAGAAGACGAAGAAGAAGAAGAAGAAGACCCUGAAUACCUCGGAGCUCCAAUCUAUGAAUCAGAGUUAGCACCAGAAGAGUACAAAGAAAAUGCAAGACAACAUCCAAGAGCGAAUCCAGUAAUCUCUGAGAAACGUGUUCUAAGGACAAUGAAAUCAGGAGAACAUGAUCAAGGAAAUGCACUUACACCUAUCAAGUCCACAACAUCAACAUCACCAUCAACAUCAACAUCAACAAAAACUCCUCAACUUGCAACAACACCAAAUAAUAGCACAAAAGAAAGCACAACAAUGACUCAGAAACUAACAUCAUCCAACGUUGAAGGAUCAAACUCAAAUUCAUCAUCUCAACCUGCUUCCUCCUCCAAAUAUAAUGUUGGUUCAAUAACACCCGUUGCUCCUUUCACUUCAGUAAUGAUGAAAACCGCGUCGCCUUCUCCACCAAGUGUGAAGACUAAUACUACUACCAGCCCCAAAAUUUCAUAUAAUUCUCAAGCAUUCUUGAGUCCUAGGAAAGGUUCUAAUGGUAUUGGUGUGAUUGAUAAGGUGAAAGGAGUUGUUAGUUCUUUGCUAAGGAAUGAUGAACAAGCACAUCUAAAAUAUGGCGUCAAAAGUCCUACAACACGUGCUAAUUCCUCACAAACAAGCUACACUACACAACAAGUUGAACAAGAAGUUGAGAAUCGUGGGAGAAUUCUUCAGACAAAUUAA